AUGUCAGGAAUGUAUGAACGACGGAUUGGACCAUCAGCUCUAUCAGCGCCUUAUGUGAGAGAGGAACAAAUAGAAUUCAAGAAAAUUGAUCAGAAUGACGCAAGCUCGUUAAACGCACCAAUUCAAGAAGUGAGAAGGGAACAAACAAGUAUAGGAAAUAUGCCGAAGAAAAUCUGGCGUGCGAGGUAUCAAAAUGAAACGUCCAACAUCCAAACAAUCGAAAGGAAACAGUCCAAAGGAAACAAAGGUAACAUCAAAAGGAAGCAUCCAGAGCGUUCGACUCACACGGAUGAAAAGCGGUUCAAAUGCGAAACAUGCCCGAAGAGGUUCACUGCGCCAUCGGAUUUACGUAGACAUAUGAGGACUCAUACCGGUGAGAAGCCGUUUUCUUGUCCGGAAUGCACGAGGAAUUUCACCGAGAAAGGGAGUUUGCAUAAACAUAUAAGGAUUCAUACCGGUGAGAAGCCGUUUUCUUGUCCGGAAUGCACGAGGAAUUUCACCCAGGACGAGAGUUUGCUUAAACAUAUGAGGAUUCAUACCGGUGAAAAACCGUACAGUUGUUUGGAAUGUGGGAUGAAUUUCACCGUUUCAUCGAGUUGGCUUAGGCAUUCGAGGACUCACACUAAUGAAAAACCGCACGCUUGUUCUGUGUGCAAUAAAACAUUCUCGCAAUCAAAUAAUAUGAAACUUCACAUGAAGAUUCAUGACAAUAAUAGGCUCAGAUUCAGCUGCCCUGUAUGCAGCAAGGCUUUUCUGACGGAAUUCUAUUGGAAAAAACACAUGGAGAAUUGCUCUUGA